GGGAGACCGGGGAAGCUUUCACGGCGACCGAGGCUGCGAUGCGAGUCCAUGCUUCGGCGUUUUCCGUUCCAGGGAGCGUCCUCAGGACCGUCUUCCAAACGCAUUGUUGUAAUCUACUGGUGGUGGGAAGCACAACGCAACGGGCGUCAGAUGAUCGCAUACUCUGAGCGCAUGCAUGCUCCUGCUCGUGGUUGCACAUCGCGUGCCCCUCUUGGCUCGAGGCUUCGACGCUGGGCCGAUUUCGCCCACCGCGUGUUUACUUGCUUAGCACGCGAGCCCAUGGCUAUUGGCAGUGUUUUCCUUCCUAUCUUCGCUGUCCUGGCUCUGGCAGAUGCGCACUCGCACCCCAUGAAGAACGAGGAGAACUGCACGUGCGAGCCGGGCGCGAGGGCAUUCGAGUCGUACCACGUCCACGUGCUCUUCUACCCAGACCAGUCGUGGGACAAACAGUUUAUGGAGAACACGCACGGUUCCAAGUUCGCCCGGUCCCUUCGCAAGGCCUUCGUAGAUCGUUUCAGUGUCCCCGAGUGCGACGAGACACACAUAUUCAACCUGACGGGCCUCUGUGCUUUCGUCGUCGACGAGACGGGAGCGUGUGGGCCUGCCAACUCUGCCCCGUUCGUCGUCCCCAACUUUGUCAUCUACGUGCCCGUGGACCGGUACGCAGAGGUUGUCCCGUGGAUGAUGGCGAACAGGGGCGACCUGGACUUCCUGGUGCACCCCAACUCGUGCGGCUUCUCCUGCAGCCCGCAGGACCAUCUGCAGUGGUCGGUCUGGGGCGGAAACAAGUGGCCAGUGAGAUUCGAGCCUCCAGCGCCAAGUCAAACAAUGAAUUCGCGUGUGGCUGCGGGACCACAGCAGGAGCCAAUCUUGGCAUAAUCGACCAGUCAGUAAGUGUGCAGAGCCAGGAGUAGUCUCCUAGGCACCAGCUCUAUAUCUCACGUACGCGGUCAGCUUCCGCUGGCCUGCGUCUGAACGCGGUCAUUCGUGAACGCGGAACCUCGGCGAGCGUACGUGUAUCUUUGUUCGCUCAAUCUCAGCACCUAUUCAGCUGAGUAGGUUUUUCCUCUGAGGCGGAAGGCAGUUUGAUUGACCAGUAGUGUGGCAGGACCAGGUGCUCGCAAGCAAGCGGCGUGUUUACGACACCGCUGUGCAUGUGAUAUUUCUUACAAUUUCCGUUUCUCUCUGCGGAGUCGAUGUUUAUAUGCGGAUGUAUUGCUGGCCCAAGGCCUCGUGCAAGGGUGCGUACGACUUGGGUCCGCUUUUUCUUUCUCACUCGAGCCGUGCGGUAAUUGACAUCGCACAUUCUCUUAUGUAUUAGCUGGUGUCACAGGUCCACGGGUCCAGACGAGGAUUUCGUAAUGGGUGAAGACCGGGGACGAGCACUAGGAAUCGGAAGCUGGGACGGGGGACUUCUCUGUUGGGCUGCGGCUGGCUUGCGCCAGGCUGCCUGCCUGAGGGGAGCCGCACAAAACUGGGGCGCUCGCGGGCGCCUCGCGCCCUGGAGGCGUGCUCGGACGGGGGCCGCAGGCCCCGGACGCUCGAGACGGACGGCGCCAGGCAGGCCCCGGGCACCACGAAGGGUCCGCGAAGAGACGACGGGGGCCGAGCCGACGAGGAGGCGAGCAGAGCCCAGCGGAGAGCGCUGGGCACCCGGGCGGGGCUGCGCCUGGGCCCCCCCGGUCGUCGCGCAGGAGGCUCGCCGGGAGGCCUCUAUGUAUAGGGCCAUGCUCGGCGGGGGGGCUGCGCCGGCCGGCCCGCGGAGGCCCUGCCAGGACGCGCGAGGCGGCCGUCGCCGUCGCCACGCUUCCUGGCGCCGC